AGUUGAAAAAAAAAAUUAUUUGAACUUGGACUCAAUGGUCCAAAAUAAAAAAAAUGUGAGAAUUGGAUCUGAUUUCUUAAUCGGCCCAAAUAGCCCAAGAGAGAUCUGAUGUGGGCUGGAUCCGAAAAAAUGACCCAAUAUAGAUGUGUUAUUAAUAUUAAUUGAUUGCCCUUAAUGAAAUAAUAAAAAAAAUGGCAGGCUAAAGUAAAAAGGACAAUAAGAUCUUGCUUUAAUAGUAUAGAUUUUGUUUGUUCGAAUAAAUAGAUUUUGUGGCAUAUACUAUUUAACUAAAAGUAUAGGUUUAAAUAAAAUCAGUGGCAGGGUUAUCUAAUUACUUUGAAAAUAAGAGGGCACCUCUAAAAAGAGCCUUCUGUUUUAAAAGUAUUGAUAGGAUUUUCAAAUUAUUUAGAUUAUACGCAAAUAGUUAAGGAAAUCCUUCAUAAUAAUCAGAAAACAAAACUUGCGAUCUUGUAUGAAAACAAAACUUGCAAUCUUUUAUGUAGUAAUACAUAUGAUAAGAGUCAACCACAAAGUUGGUAUUUCGUUUUCAAUUUCAGUAAUAUAUCUGUACUUGUUGACCAGAGUUUAUAGUUUUCCAUUCUAUUAACUUUUAAUUAAUUAAUUUUUUUGUCUACAUUAUGAAUUAAAUUGCAAAAAGACAACUAAAAGUUAUUAAGCUUUGCCAUAUUUAUAUCAUAUACCAUUGGUGUAAUUAAGCACCCAGAUUUCAGAUUUCAGAUUUGAAGAUAAGGUCUAGGAAAUUACCGCCUCUCUUUCUCUCGGAGGAGCUCACCUUUAUUCUUGUUGCCGCAUCGUAGGUUUGUUUCAUCUCUCUAAGAAUCAUAUCAUCUGUAAACAAUUUUAUCUUUUGUGGUAUGUGACUAAACAACAUUUUAUAUUGAAAUUACGGCUCUAAAAUAUUUAUUUUUUGUUUGAUUCAUAUAUUCGAAACAAAAAUCCUUUCCUGGAAAAUAGUGAUAUAAAGUCUUUUAAAUCGUUGAAGAAAGAUUUUCUGAUUUCCUGCAUCUGCAAAAUCGUCUUGAGUUAGACGUGUGUAUGAGUGUAUCUAUACAACUUAUGUGUUAACGCAGAUUACAUCUCGAUACAUAAUUUGUUUUAACAUGGUCGUUUUUUACUGAUGCAGAACUUGCUAGGGAAAAAGAAAGCGAAGAUGAACAUUUCAGAAACAAAAGUUAAAACAGAAGUUGAUUCUUCUUCAUCAGACCAUCCUUGUCCUUUGGCUCUUGUCACGGCUUCGAAUGUACGCAAAGAUACUCAGUGUCUUCGACAAGAUUUAUGCCCCACAGUAUCUAUCCAUGAUGGUACACAAGGUGAUAAUAACAAGAAGAAGCGUCGGGGACGUCCUCCAACUUCCCCAAGCCAAAAACAGUUUAUGAAGUUAAAACUUGCACAUGACAGCCUCAUAAAAUAUAGACAGUAUCUUUCAGUGCCAUUUAUGAGAGCAAAUGGCAUGACCAAACCAGGGCUGAUAACUCUGGUAGGAAAAGAUGGUGCAAAGUGGAAAGUGAAUCUUUACGAGGAGAAAUCCGGAAGCUCACUGUGUCUUGGAAAGGGGUGGAAAGAUUUUGCUAAAGCAAACGGGUUAAAGACUGGUGAAUACUUCACCUUGGAGUCAGCAUGGAAAAAUGAAAUUCCUAUGCUCAGCUUGGUCAACACAGAGUCUGCCAGUGACGGAAAGGAGAGAGGAGAGUCUUCAAAAGCCAUGGAGAAAGAGAGAAGUACUGAUACAUCUUCAAUCGUCCAAAACCGAGUAGUGACAUUGGCCCUUGAAACUAAAGAUGUCAAAGCAUGUACAUUGCAUCUUCCAAGUGAAUUCGUGACAGCUGUUGGCAUCAAGAAGCUUGGAGAGAUAACCUUGCUUGGCAGGGAUGGAAUGAAGUGGUGUGGAUGUCUUUUGUCAAGAGAUGGAACCGUUGCUGUUGGAGUUGGUUGGAGAAAUUUCUGUGAGGCUAAUGGUGUAAAGUUAGGUGAUUCAUUCAGCCUAGUAUUCAUUAACGAAGAAGAGGACACAGGUCCGGUAUUCAAGUUCAGUCCCAACUCCGGGAACUGAGAAAAAUUGUUUUAAUUAAAAGCAUUUGAAUUGCCAUUAGUCUUCCCAUCAAACAAAGACUUUUCGUUUGUUAUGUUUUUUUUUUUCUUUUCGUUUGUUAUGUUUUUCAGUUCUGAUAAAUAACUAAUAUCGAAAUGGCCAUAUGAUUAUGUAUCUCAUAUUGUUAUGUUUCUCGGUUCUGAUAAAUAACUAAUAUCGAAAUGGCCAUAUGAUUAUAUCUCAUAUAUUUUCAUGAAACUGUGACUCAUGUUAUUGGACAAGCUGUCUCUUGUCCAAGUUUGUUUCUAUUGAACGUUUAGUUCUGAACGUGGUAAACUUUCAUCUUAUCGCAACGUUUCAAGUAAGUUCAAGCAAUUGUCUUUCGUUAAUCAGUUUUUUUGGCAUACCCUAACACUUUCUCAUUUUCCAUAUGAGAAACUUUUUUAUUCUUAAAUCAUAAAUUCGGAAUCCAAAUCUCAAACCCUAAAUUUUAUAGCCUAAACUCAACUUUUAAAACUUUCACAGUGGUGAGACAACAUAUGACUAAAUAAAGGAAAGUUAAAUGCUAAAUCCAAAUCUUAAACCAUAACAAUUACAAUUACAAAUGCUUAAUCCAACACAUAGAUGAUUAUAUAAAGAAAACAUAACUGUAUGCAUAUUAAAAAAUUCAAACACAUAUACAUAUUUAAUUUGUCAAUACUGUAUAUUUUAAAAUUUUAAUACAUGAGCUCACCCUGUGCAAAGGCAGGUCGUAUCCUAGUGACGUAGUAUUAAGCUGACAAAAGAAAGAUAAACUUUGAACAUAAGUACAAAAACCUAAACAAAAUCUAAAAACAAAAUCUUAAACUUGAGUUGCAAUAUAUACAGUGAUUUGAUGUAACUUUUGAGUAAUAAUUAUAUGGUAAAAGACAGUAAAUUAUAGUAACUUAGUAAUAGAAAUAUGAGUUAUCUAUUUUAUUAAAAUAGAUAAUGGUAACUUUUUGUUGUAUAACUUGAGUUUAGUUUUAAAUCAAAUUUAAUAUAAAUUAAAAUAUUAGAGAAUAAAUGAAAGAUUAAAUUAUUUUAAAAUAGUAAAUUGAUUAUUACUUUUAGAAUUAAUAAAAAUAAAAAAUUAACAAACUACUAAUUAUUGAUAGUAUUAAUUAGUUAUAUAUUAAUAAUAUAAAGAAGUUACAGACAUUAAUAAUAACUUAAGUUUUAAUUUUAAAAUCUGAUAGUAAUAGACGCCCUAGAAAAGCUUACUCUAAAUCUAUAAAAAGCUGAUAAUAAUAUAUAGCUCGUCCAAAUGGUCCAUAUUUUUCUUAAAACCUUUAAAAUUAUAAAAAGAACUUAAAGAAAACAAUACAGACAAUGUCUUGAAAUAACAAGUCGUAUUUAACCUGUUGAGAAAUUCCUCAAGAGAGAAGAUGACAAAUUAAUCACUUACAAAAUACAAACAAAAACCUUUAAUUGUAAUCGUUUUAGCUCUUUUUAGAUAAAAGAGUUAAUAAUCUCAAUGCAGGAUAUGGUUUUUUUUUUUUUUUUUGUUCAACUGAGGAUUUCAUUAAUCAUAAAAACUAAUCGUUUAGCCCAAUGGGUCCAUUAGGGCCCAUUACAAGACAUGAAAGAAAAGGAACGAAGACAGCGUUUAGCCAGCUCAUCCGCUUCUCUGUUUUUUGAUCGAGGCAAGAACGAGAAGGAGAUUGAGCCAAAUACAGAAGAGAUUUGAUGGAUGUCGCAGAGGAUCCCAUAAAUUUCUUUAUCCUGCAUCUUGGUGUUGAUUGCUCGAAUGAGCGUUAGUGAGUCGGAGUAGAUUCUGAGAUUGGGAAACUCGUGUUCUGCUGCCAUGACGAGAGUUGAUCUAAUUGCUAGGGCUUCAGCCAUCAAGGGGGAUGAGACAGAGUGUUGGAUUUCUGAUCCUUGAGUCGCGAUUGUUCCGUUGUUUUCCCUGAAGAUCCAUGCUAAGCCGGCCCUCUUUGAUGUCGCAUCCCAAGAUGUGUCCGUUGUGCAGAUGAUCGCGCUGUCGUCGCUAUGGUUUCGAGACGUUGUCCUCCCGUCGAUGCUCACCUCUGGAGCAUAUACUGGCUUCUUUGGUAGCAUGUUUCUGUCUUCGAAGAGGAGUUUGUUGCGAGCUGUCCAUAUGGACCAGAGGAUCCAGGGAAGGAUUGGGUUCUGAACUCCAGUCGGUGGGAGGCAUAGGGCUCUUCUGAACUUGACCAUCAUCGAUGUUAUUGUGUCCUCCGCAGAUGUGGGGAUCGCUUGUCUUAAAGAUUCUCGCCAGUUGGGAGUGCUUUUUGGAUGGUGGACCAAAGGAAUACUUUGAGUUUAGGGGAGAAGAGUCCAGACCAUAUGUCUUUUACCCAGCGGAACUCUUGGUUCUCCUCUUGCGGUGUUUGCUGAUGUUUGAGUGCUUAGGCUGUAGAGUAUCCUGACUUGGCGGAGUACACUCCUGAUUGCAAGGGUUGCCAAACAAAAAUAUUUUCUGCUCCUUUGGUGCUUGGUCUUAUGGUUUGAAUCUGUGACGCCAACGACGGUAAGAUUUCCUCUAGCCUUCGUCGAUUCCAUUUGAGGUCUGAUGUGAGGAUGUCUGAAACCCACAAGUCUAACACUUCCUCAGUGCAGGGGCCGAUUGGUUUCACAUUCUUAUCCAAAGAGAUCCAGGAGUCUUGCCAUACCUUUGUAGACAUACCAUUUCUAAUUGCCUUCCCCAGCUGUGGCUUUAGGAGUUCUAGGCCGUGGAGAAUGCUGCGCCACCCAUGAGAGCAUACUGCAGGUACCGAUACUUCUAGGAUGCUUUUGUUGUGACAAUAUUUCCCAAUUAAGAUCCUAGCAAGUAGGCAGUUAGGAGCUGUGAGGAUUCUCCAUGCUAGUUUUGCCAAUAGGGCUUGGUUGAACAGUUGGAUGUCUCUUAGGCCUAGUCCUCCUUGAGCCUUUGGUUUUGUUAGAGUAUCGCAAGAAACCCAGCACAUUUUCCUUUUCCCAUCAGGUCCGUCCCACCAGAAUCUCGUUAAUGCAGACUGGAUUCUUUUGCAUAGUGAGACUGGUAAUAAGAAGCAUGACAUAGAGUGGUUGGGGAUAGACGUGAGUACUGACUUUAACAUUGUGAGUUUGCCGGCUUUUGACAGGAACCUCGUAGUCCAGCUCAAUGCUUUCUGUCUGAUUCUAUCUACCACGGAUGUGAAGAGAUCUUUCUUUUUUCUUCCGAAAUGCUCAGGUAAGCCUAGGUAUUUACCUAGCCCACCCUCUUUGUUGAUGCUCAGAAUUUCCUUCGCUCUUCCAAUGCAGGAUAUGGUUAAAUAUAUAUAGUCAAUCGACUGCAACAAAAUACAGAUCAGUUAAAAUUUCUGACAGAAUAUCGACCAAUACAGAUCUGUCUGAAUUUGUCAUAAUUUCACCGGGAUUUUUCAACGAUUUUUUUUUUCAUCAGAAAGUUUUUCACAUAAAAAUGUAUCUGUUAUGUGCGAUUUUCCGCUGAACAAUUUUAUUUUCAAACGAAGUUUUCGAACAGAUUUCCGAAGAAACAAUAUAUCCACUAUGUAAAAGUUCUAUAAAUUGAAAAUACUUAACAAAAGUUCUGUAAUUCGUCAGAAAUCUGUUAGCGAAAAUUUAAGACAUGCUUUAAUAACUUUGGAUAGCUUAAAGUCUAACUUAAAUAAAUCUAGCUUUAAAUAUUUUACGACUAAUUUAAAACCUCUAAGAACAAUCAGACCCUAAAACUUCCAUGAACGGAUUUAGGCAUGGGAAUCGAGUAUUCGGUUUGAGUUCGUAGGGGUGGGCACUUUACCCGAUAUUCGAAGCCGCCCCCGAAUUCGAUCCAAAAAACUUGAACCGAAAUAGCAAAAUAUCCAAACGGGUAUUGAAUUAGAAGAGAUUGGAUAUCCGAACCCGAACGGAUAAUAUCCGAACCCAAAUGGAUAUCCGAAGAUAACCAAACAUAUGUAUAAUUAACCAUAUAUUUCUAGUUUACAUCUCUCAUUUUAUAUAACAUAUUUAUAUUGAUACUACA